AUGAAGAUCUACACAACCUUCGACGAUAACAAGAUUGCGAAUAAGAAGGCAUAUUGUGGAACUGGAGCAAUGAUAAAUCUCAUCAAGAUUCUCAAAGAUCUUGAAGCGGUCAGUUUCAAGCGUACAGAAUCCGCUAGUGCCGAGCAGAGUUUAGAUGAAGGGUCGUUGCAGAGUUCAGACGAAGGGUCCGACCCUAGGAUUCAGACUCUGCAGAUUAUUAUAAAUAUUCUGGACUCUGAACAGAAUAUGGGGACGUUUCUCACUAGAUUCUUGUCGGUGGAGACAUUUGCAAUUCUGCUCAAGUGUAUAAGAUCUAGUAGAAGCGAAGAGAAAAAUGCAGCAGUCUCUAUAAUGUCAAGUAUCGCCAGUAGGACAGGGAUAUGUCUGAUUAAUCAAACCGAUCUGAAUAUUCUCCUAGAUCUUUACAAUAAUUCAGGUUAG